CAAAUCCCACCGAAAUAUUUUGCCAUGAACACGAACGUGAAGCGACUGCGGAAGGAAUUGGUGGAACUGCGCAAGAGCCCGGAAGCCGACAUGGUGCUCUUCCCAUUGGAAGACACUGUGACCGAGUGGAAGGCAUUCAUCAAAGCUCCCGCGGACACCCCGUUCCAGCAUCGCGUGUUUGAGCUGCGCAUCGUCACGACGCCUCUGUACCCGAUGGAGCCGCCGAAGAUGCGCUUCGUCACCAAGAUCUUUCAUCCGAACGUCCACUUCGUCGACGGGAGCAUCUGUCUCGACAUUCUCAAACGCGAAUGGUCCCCUGCAUGGACCUUGCGUGCGGCGUGCCUCGCCGUGUCAUCACUUCUGUCCGACCCAGCCGCCGAUUCCCCCUUGAACUGCGAUGCCGGCAACAUGAUUCGGGCCGGGGAUAUGCUUGCCUACAACUCGAUGGCCGCCAUGUACACGGAAGAGUUUGGGUUGCCGUCGUUGCCCCCUUCUCCAUUGUAAGUGGAACGAGCAGCCAUCGAAUACCACGUUACAUGUUUAAUGCGUCGUGUCUCCCUCUGUAUCC